AUGGCUACAAUCAGAGAAGUAGCAAAUAUCAUAGAUGAUUAUUUGAAUAAUAAAGACACAUAUAGGGAUAUUCUGAUAGGUCAAAUAAAAAGUGCAACCAAUCAAAUUCGUAUAAAAUAUGAUAUUCUGCAAUGGAAUCUGAGAGCUAAAAGACAGAAUCAUUGGCAGACUGAAACAGAGUGGAACAUUGUUAUAGGGGAAAGAGAUACUAUCCAAAGAAAAUGGGAUAGUUAUAGGCCUAAAGAAUUACAUAGGAAAUUCUUAGAUGCCCUACCACUUUCAUGGCUUGAUAAAGCUGAGGAUAUUGACAAACAUUUGCCAUUGGCUGAAUUAGCUAAAAAGCUUUAUGAGAUAGAAUUAUAUCAAAUAGCUAGACAUAAAAGAGAUAAAAUAUAUGAUCCACUACAAGUAAUUUCUUUAGAAGAUAUGCAAAAAGCAAUUCAAAACACAUUAGCACAACAAAAAACUGAAAACCAGGCAUUAGUAAAGAAAGUUACAGAAUUACAAUCUCAAAUGACUCAACAAGCGCAAGUAUCUGCCCCACAAACUGUUGAACCUAUUAGACAGCCGAAAGGUCCACCAUCUUCAUUAAAGACCAAAGAAGGUCUUAAGAAUUAUUAUGUAUCAGAAUACUUAAAAGAAAUAGGUUUAUUAAGUAAGGAAGAAUUAGACUCUGACUAUCCUGUAAAAAAUUUUCAAAGGCCUCGUCCACAACGAAACAAUCUUUCUACAAGAAUUGAUACAGUAGAGGAUGGGAUUAAUGAAACUCGUGAUGCUGUAAAUGAAACCCGGGAUUCUAUAAAUAAAUUAAGCAAUCAAUUUCAAAAACUACAUAUACAUAAACCGGUAGCUCGGUCUAAUUUUAAUCGGUCUUAUUUUAAGACUCUUACACCUAUAAAUUCCCAACACACGCCCCCCACUUCAGAUGGAGAGGAAGAUGAUUAUGAUAAAGUACCAGUAAAUGACAAGUUGCCUCCAGAAUCUAGCCAACUCAAAACAUAUGAUGAGCUGUUGCCAAAACUUUCACCAGCAAUGCGUAAAAUGUGUCUAUCUCGAAAGACUCAAGAGGAGAAGUCAAAAAAAGAUGAGUGGUUUUCAUCCCUACAAUACUUGAAUGCUAAUCAGGGAAGUGAAUUCGAUGGCAUGAAUCUAGCAACUGCUAAGGUACUUGGAUGGAAAGUUGACAAGCCUUCCAAGUUUGCUGUAAAAGGCAAUUCCGAGCAUAUCUCUGAAGCACUAGGAUGGUAUACGGAUGUAGCUGUUACUCUAAAGGAUAAAAAAGGUAAACCAAUUGUCACUAUUAUUGGAAAUUAUGCUUGUAUAGACAACGGUGAACCCAAGCCAAUGCUAUGGUUGGGGGUGACAGGAAUUCGAAAAGUCAAAGGUAUUUCUGAUCCAGCUAAAAAUCAGUUCCGCAUAGAGAAUCAUGGAAAGACAUACACUAUCUUAACUUUUAGUAAGACAUCAGAAAUAAAUGAUCCGCCAAAAGAAGAGCAGGACCAAGUAUCCACCGAUUUCCCUAGCCUGCCUGGUGAGGAUAGUUUAAAAAAAGUGCGUAAACUGUGUAAAGCUUGA